UUUUUGGCAUUUUUGAUUUUAAAAUUCUUUCAUUCAGUUUAAUUCAACUUAACAAUUUCACUAACCAAUCAAUCAAGCAUGCAUUCUCGUUCGAUUUUCCUUCUAUUAACCUGUUUAAUCAUUAUUAUUAAACUAUGUUGGAUUAUUCCAUUGAUUGAUGCAUCAUCGGAUGGUCGUUAUAAUAGACACCAACAUCAUCAUCAUCGAAGGUAUGAUUAUCAUCAACAGAAUGAACAAGGUGGCCAAGGACAACAAGGAGGUGAAGGACAAGAAGGUGAAUAUGGUAAUAAUCAAUAUCCACGACGUUAUCAUAAUCAUAAUCAUCAUCAUUGGAACAAUCAUAAUGAAAAUGAACAACGUUAAACAACAACAAAACAAAACAAAAAAAAAUUUAACACU